GCUCGGCUCCUGGGAAUGGCCACCAGCUUGCUCCGUGUUCCCCCACCCCAGGGGCUGCUUCGGCCCCUGGCUGUGCCAGAAAGGUUGCUGCUGGGGCCGGGGCCCAGCAAUGUGCCCCCCCGCAUACUGGCUGCAGGGGGCCGACAGCUCCUGGGCCAUAUGCACCCUGAGGUGCUGCAGGUGAUGGAUGAGAUCAAGGCAGGCAUCCAGUAUGCCUUCCAGACACAGAACCAGCUGACCUUGGCCAUCAGUGGCACUGGCCACUGUGCCAUGGAGGCUGCCCUCCUGAACCUGCUGGAGCACGGUGACACUGCGCUGGUGGCCAUCAAUGGCAUCUGGGGACAACGCGCUGCCGACAUCGCCAGGAGAUUAGGAGCCAAAGUCCACGAGCUGCUGAAGCCACCGGGUGAGUACUUCACUCCGUGGGACAUAGAGGAGGGCCUGGUGCACCACAAGCCCUCAGUGCUCUUCAUCACUCACGGCGAGUCCUCCACUGGAGUGCUGCAGCCGCUGGAGGGGCUGGGCGAGCUGUGCCACCGGCAUGGCUGUCUGCUACUCGUGGAUGCGGUGGCAUCACUUGGGGGAGCCCCCAUCUUCAUGGACCAGCAGGAGAUUGAUGUUCUGUACUCAGGGUCUCAGAAAGUCCUCAAUGUCCCCCCUGGCAGUGCCCUCAUCUCCUUCAGCAAGCGAGCCAGGGAGAAGAUGCUAAGGAGGAAGACAAAGCCCUUGUCCUUCUACCUGGACAUGGGCUGGCUGGCAAACUACUGGGGCUGUGACGAGGAGCCACGGAGGUACCACCACACAGCACCCAUCAACAGCUUCUUCAGCCUGCGAGAAGGCUUAGCCAUGCUGGUGGAACUGGGUCUGGAGAGCUCAUGGGAGCAGCACCAGGCUAACUGCGUCCAGCUGUGCCAGGGCCUGCAUGAUCUGGGUCUUGAGCUCUUUGUGAAGGAGGAGAAGGCAAGACUUCCCACCAUCACCACUGUCAAGGUGCCCAAGGGUUACAACUGGAAGGAUAUAGUAGCCUUUCUCAUGGACAACCAUGCCAUCGAGAUUGCUGGGGGCCUAGGUCCUUCUGUGGGCAAGGUCCUGCGAAUCGGGCUCAUGGGCUGCAACUCGACCAGGUGCAAUGUGGACCGUCUGCUGCGUGCCCUGCGAGAUGCCCUCGGGCGCUGCCACCGCAGCAGUCUGUGA